UACUGUGUGAGCUGUGAUUGGUCACAGCUUGUCACAUGGUACAAGGCUGUUGUGAAUAGCCUUGUACCAUGUGACCUCUGUGAUCAUUCACAUAUUUCACUAGUAGUAAGCAAUGAUGUCAGAAGUGACAUCUUGCUUACACCUAUUCAUGUGAUCACUGAUUGGCCAAUCAGUGAUCACAUGAUCGGGAACUAACACAGAGGUCCCGUACAGUGAUCGGUGUUCCGUAGGAAACAGCAGGCACUGGAUCGCGGUGCCACGCACUCCCAGGAAGCGCGCACAAUCCAAAAUGAUGGGCGCCGUUUAUGAACAGCAACCCGCCCCUGCACUGCCACCAUACGGCCGUUUGUAUACAUUGGCUGGACAGGAAGUGGUUAA